CAGAAAGAACAGUCAAAAUGCAGGCAGGGCACAGGACAAAGCACUAGGGACAAAAUUGUAUUGAGUGAAUGUCACUUUUAAAAAUUUUGAAUUUCCUGCCGGUUCCGUCCCCCAUACUUACCUUAUGUCCCGACGCUCGCAGGGAACAGAACCCAAAAGACGGAUGCAGGCAUCGGCCAGAGGAGAUGGCCGGGGACGCUGCAGGGGGGACAUCGUGGGAGCGCAAGACAAGGUAAGUGAAACAGGGAUCCCGGAGCAACGCUGCAGGGUAAUCCCGAGUGUAACUCGGGGUUACCGCUUUUGGUACUGA